AUGAAAGCCUUUAUAUUGAUGUCGUGUUUGGCUUUGGCUGCCGCCAGGCCUGAGGCUGGUUAUGCCUAUAACCGACCUGGAGGUAGUGGUGGUGGUGGUGGCGGUUUCGGCGGUAGCUCCGGUGGUGGCGGUUUCGGUGGUGGAGGUUUCGGUGGCAGCUCCGGAGGUGGUGGUUUCGGUGGUGGUGGUUCAGGUGGAUUCGGUGCUGGCGGCAGUGGAGGAUUUGGUGGAGGCGGCAGUGGAGGUUUCGGUGGUGGCUCCAGCGGAGGAUUCGGUGGAGGCGGCAGUGGUGGAUUUGGUGGUGGUUCCGGAGGCGGUUUUGGUGGUGGUGCUGGUGGCGGAUUCGGCGGCGGUGGCUCCAUUGGAGGUUUCGGUGGCGGCACUACAUUGGUCCAGAAACAUGUCUAUGUUCAUGUGGCCCCCGAAGAACCCGAGGAAUUCCGUCCUCGCCCCAAUAUUCCCGUUGGCCAAGCCCAAAAGAACUACAAGAUCAUCUUCAUUAAAGCUCCAUCUGCUCCCUCUUAUCAGGCCCCUGUCAUUCCUGUGCAACCACAAAACGAAGAAAAGACUUUGGUCUAUGUGUUGGUCAAGAAGCCCGAAGAUCAGCAAGACAUUGUUAUUCCCACAGCGGCUCCAACUCAACCCUCGAAACCCGAAGUGUACUUCAUCAAAUACAAGACACAAAAGGAUGGCAGCGGUGGUGCGGGAGGAAUUGGUGGUGGUAUUGGUGGAGGUAUUGGCGGUGGUAUUGGAGGAGGUAUUGGUGGCGGCAUUGGAGGCGGCAGUGGUGGUAUUGGAGGCGGCAGUGGCGGCAUUGGUGGUGGUAUUGGAGGCGGCAGCGGCGGUAUCGGUGGUGGUAUUGGCGGCGGCAGCGGUGGCGGUGCUCCCUCCACAAACUACGGCCCCCCUGGCAAAUCAGGUCCCUACUAAGCCUAUCUCCAAGCUAAACAAAUCGGAUGCACAUAUCUUACCAAUUUUAUGACCAACAGGCAUUUUCGACAAAAUGCGUUCUCCGAUAACGUUGCUGUCUACUAGUCCUUAGACGAACCAUUCUCUCUAAGAUAUUUGAACUCCCAAAAUGGAACUAGAAAAUGAAAUUCAAAAUGAAUUUAAAGCACUAAGACUAGACUUCAAAAGAGGAUAAAAACUUACGAAUUUUUUGAACUCUAGACUUAUCUCACUUUUGUGUAAGCUACAAAAAUACGAACGCCUUAUGAACUGACCGACAUUGUGCUCUAGCUAAAUAGACAAAAACGAUCUGUGGUUAUACUUUUCUCAAAAACUUUUGUAAAUAAGCCAUAUUUCCUCA